UUUCAUUUCACAGUUGUCAGUCAAACGCUUUGUCAGGCCGCCGAGCACAUCAAUAAGCGGCGAAAAAAUACGAUUCAAUUGAAUUUUUAUUUCUCGCUUUCGGGGCGACGCGCGUGCGAGAGCCAACAAAAUAUUUGCAUGUAAAAGAAUUUUCCGCCAGGCAACAAACGGAGAAGCGAAGAGGCAGCAGCGUGAAUCAAAGGGAGAGCCAUGUCUGGUCGGGACUACAACGGAGAGCCAGGCUGUCGCAGUGCCGAGGAACUGGGCCAGUGCUACCGGCACUUCUGGGAUCCCACCGCCUACUGGCAGUGCGGUGGAAAAUCGAAGGGGGAGGAGCGGGAGCGGGAUCGGGAACGGGAACGGCCCGCCCAGCUGCAGCGUUGCCCGGCCAACGAGCUGUUCUACGACCGGGAGCGGCGGUGCGUGAAGUGGAAGGACUGGCAGUGGACCGAACCGCAGGAUCCGCCCACAAAGCCGAGCAAAUAAAACAGGACGCGCGCGUUCACUUGUAUUGAAACAAAUUGUCGAAAAUACAGAGGUGGUCAAAAGUAUUUACACAACGAGCUUUUUUUUCAA